UCACACUCCCCCAACCCCCAGCUGAUCUUGGAGUAGCCUCUCCAGGCAGCCAGGCCUUGGUGGCCUUUGGGCAUACCCAGUGGGUUCUCAAUUUCCUAGAUGGGAUGAAGCCUAAGGGAAGAAGCCUUGGGUUCCCACUAGGGUGUGAGUCUGGCACUACCUGUACUAGAGAGGCAGGCUCAGCUGGUAGGGUCCCUUCCAAGGCCAAGGUGGUCUGGCCACCAGUUGUGGGCUUGGAGCAGCCUGGGGAGCAAGGUGGAAGCUGCUGUUAGAAACAUCUACCCACUGUCUUACCUGGACACCUGUUGCGUGCUCGGCCUAGGGCUGGUAUGUUAGAGCCAUCUCUCUGCCCUGGGAGCAGGAAAUGUGGCUGGGUAGAGGUGAGACAGUGGUGAUGCUGGGAGUUAGGCUGUGGCAGAGGUCAGUAGGGAUCAGCCAUGAGGGCAUCAGGGAGGGUUCUCUGAAAAUAUUUGAGCCAGGCCUUAAAGGAGACUUAUUCACCUGGGCACAGAGGGAUUGGGGCAACAUUCCAUAGCAUCCCAUCUAUGCAAAGACAGGGAUGAGAGUCUGUUGACAAGUCUGUCCCAGACUUCAUAAACCUGUUGCUGCACCAUAGUCCAUACGUAAUGCCCCCAGCCCCCCAAGGAUGCUCUGUAACCACAGUAAGGGUUUGUUCUAGGCUAGGUACUAGUGCCACAGGGGCUAUAUGAGCUUUGCAGUUGGACAGUUCUGGGUUCAAGUCUCAUCAGGCCGCUUUUCAAGCUAGCUUUGCAUAGGCCCUUCUCUUGUCUAGAGAGAUGGGUGUGAUACCCAUCACCUCAUAGGGCAGCUAUGAGAAUCCAUAAAAGCGGCCAGUCCCCUCUUUGAGCCCCUGGGUCACUGGCAGGACUCUUGCCUCCUAGGAGAGUGGGUGCUGGGUGCCAGGCUAAUAGCUAUCUCCAGGGCAGCCAGAAGGCUCUAAGCACUGAUUAAGCAGAAGGGGCCUCUGGUGGUGGCUCAGCUCUUGGUAGUAGGUGGGACGAGUGCUGCUGCUUCUUGAGGGAAACUGGAGAGGGCCUUGCCCAAGGUCUUCCAGCUGGUUAAUGGCUGCUGCAGAAUGGUGAGGAAGCCAGCUGAAAAUGAAGCUGGAUCCUACCCAUAAGUGUAAGGUUGGGGCCUAAGGUACAUUUGCUGUUUUGGUGGGAGGGCAGUUCAGUGUCUGUGCAGAAGACAAAGCCCACCCUGAGCAGGUGUGCAAGGGUGAGUGGGUGCCAGGUGGACCAGUAGGUCCCUGGAGCACUCUGCCUGUAGGUAGGUCACAACCUCCCACCAGGGACCUCCCACAAUCCCCCUUCCCUGGUACACACCCAGGGAACUCGUUGGCUACAGUUCACCUCAUCAAAGCUCUUGCCACAGUGAGUUCCUUAGUGAAAACUCCCAGAAUUCACUUCCCAACAAGCCUUUCUUAAGGUCACCUAACCACCCAGCUCUAUGGUGGGAAUUGGCGACCCAGAUGUAGACAAGGCCCCCGCCAGUUUGGAGCUCUCUCUGGUAGGGAGAUAGAAAUGGGAACAGGUAAGACCUAGUGUGAUCAGCACUGUGGCAGGGAUGAUUCUAGACCUGGUGGGGCUGGGACUGCUGAGGAGGUGGGGGUCAACGCCCCUUUGGCCACAAAAAUGUCAGAGUUAGUACCCUCCAGGAUUCAGAGCCAGAUAUACCUGGGUGGAGGAGCCAGAUGGAUGGUCUAGGGCCUCUAGUGGUUUAGCAUGGCUUGGGGUGGGUGCAGUGGGGUGAGAGAUGAGUGUGUGAUAAGUGAAAGAGGGGAGCAACUGGAGCCAAAGUCAGCACUACACUGGGCUUUGAAAGCCAUGUAAAAGAUGCCUCAUCUAGAAGGCAAGGGAAUCCCUGAAAGAUUUUAACUGGUUUUGUCAGGGUGUCCGCUUAGCAUGUACAAAGGCACCCCAUGUUUACUUUGGGGAGCCUCCUGUCUCAGUCCAUGUGGUUUAGAUGGGGCUGGGUUUACACCCCCUGUGUACACAUACACCUAGAGUGUGGGACCCAGCUGUUAGAGAUCUUUGGUUGCAAGCGACAGAACUGUUCUCCAACUAACUUAGAGUGUUAAAAAGGUUAUGGAGGGAUGUGAUAGGAAGAACCAGAACUGGGGCACCUCCAGGGUCUUAGUCACAGUCCCCAUUCUCAUCAGGAUAUGACCCCCAGAAGCAAGAUGGCUACAGCCAUGUUUGUGUCUGCAUCACUGAGCCUGACUGCAAACCCAAGGAGCCCAAAUGGCCCAGCUGGAAAUCUGCCCACUGUUCACUGGGGGAGCAGGGCACUUGGGUUCACAAGCCCAGUAUGAUGGCACCCAGGGGGUGCAAUGAGUCCCCCCUGCCCCGAUGAAAUAGGGUGCCUUGUAACCAAAGAAAAGGAAAUGGAUACUGGGUGGCUGAACACAUAUCCCUCCAACUGAAUUGGUUCACUGAAGGAUACUACGCCAAAAUGAAUCCAAAAAGUCUUUUGGGGGGCUGGCUAGAAUUAUUGGGAAAGAAUUGAGGUUCUCUUCUCUGGGGUUGGGUGGCAGGAUAUAAACCUAGAGCUGGGGCAGGGAGGUCAUCCUUGCCACCACAUGGGAAUUUUCAAGAAUCAUGCAAACGGAAGAAAGAGUGGAGAGAAUAGAUACAUGUCUGAUACCAUUGUUGGGACACCUGGAACCAAUUGUGAUCAUAGCUAAAAUCUACCUCUGGAUUUCUCAGUUACAUGAGUCAAACACUUCUGCGUCCAAGCCUGUUUGUUUUGGGAUUCUGUCACUUGCAAACCAAAAUGUCCCAGCUGGUAUGGUGGUGGAGGGUUUUUUUUUUUUUUUUUUUAAGUUUAAUUGUUUUUGAGAGAGAGAGAGAGAGCGCGCGCAGGGGAGGGGCAGAGAGAAGGGGAGAGAAUUCCAAGCAGGCUCUAUGCUGUCAGUGUGAUGCCGGACACUGAGGUGACUCUCACUAGUGCUCACCUCUGUACCCUGGGUAUGAGCAGGGUCCAUGAAGCCCAAGGCUAUGGAUCCAGCACUGGGUCUCCUCCCCGUACCACUUCUUAGUAGAAGUGGUGAUGUAUGCUCACUGAAGACACACUGGGAGGGGCCAUGAGUUGGGAGGGGCCAUGCCUUGGUGAGCUGGAACAACAUUGGGGUAACCUGCCUGCUCCAACUCUUGCCCACUACAUGUGUGCUGUGCAUUUCAGGAUGUGGCCGGUGCCUGGACUUGUGUGUGCUUUCCGGGUUGAGCUGUAUGUGUGUGUCAGCUGCUUGACUGAGCAUCCUGUGUGCUCGGCCGAUUGUGUACACCAGGUCUGCCUGCGUGCGCCCGUUCCGGACAGCCUGUUGCCAGGAGCGGUGCGGAGUGGCGCGUGCUUUCCCUGUGCAGGGUGAACCCAGCGCCCCGCGUGUGAGUCUCCGCGCCUGAAUCUCCGCGCGGCAGGUGGGUGCCAGGUCCUCCGCCUUCGGCUCCCAGGACAGCCUCCUCGCUGGCGAAAGGCUGGGGGUGGGGGCCCCCUGCCGGCUGCCGCGCGCGCGCGCGCGCGCGCGCGCGCACGCCGGGCUGGUACGCGCCGUGUACGCGCCCGUGCGCGCCCCGAGGCUCGAUCCCAGCGCUCGCAGCCGCCUUCGCUGCCACAGUCAGCUACCCGGGGCCGCCGUCGCCGCCUCCCCCAGGCCGGGGGCUCUGUCCGCGGGGCCGGCACCACUCGCCCCGAGCCAGGAGGACGAGCUCGAGGAGGAUGUCUGGGCCCGUCCUGCGCGGCCCCGGGUGAGGCCCACCCGCGCUCCCACCGGCGCCAUGGGAAGGAGCGGGCGCCGCUGCUCUUGCCCCCCGCCGGCGCGCCCACGACUUGAGCCCCGCCGCGAGCAGCCCCCGGCCGCAGGUCCCCGAGUGACGCUGGCGGCGCCUGGGAGCGUGGCGCGGGCCCGGGGCCACGUAGAGGAACCCAGUGUCCAGUGAAGCAGCCGAGGACCCGCCGCCCCGCCGCCGCCAUGGUUAUGUCCCAGGGCACCUACACGUUCCUCACGUGCUUCGCCGGUUUCUGGCUCAUCUGGGGUCUCAUCGUCCUACUCUGCUGCUUCUGCAGCUUCCUGCGCCGCCGCCUCAAACGGCGCCAGGAGGAACGACUACGUGAGCAGAACCUCCGCGCCCUCGAGCUGGAGCCCCUCGAGCUGGAGGGCAGCCUGGCCGGAAGCCCCCCAGGCCUAGCGCCGCCACCACCCCCGCAGCGCGGCCGCCUCGAGGCGCCGGCGCACGCGCAUCAGCACGUGCACGUCCACCCGCUGCUGCACCACGGGCCGGCGCAGCCACACGCACACGCGCACGCACACCACCACGCGCUUCCUCAUCCGCCGCCCCCGCACCUCUCAGUGCCGCCGCGGCCUUGGAGUUAUCCGCGUCAAGCGGAAUCGGACAUGUCCAAGCCACCGUGCUAUGAAGAGGCGGUGCUGAUGGCCGAGCCGCCGCCGCCCUACAGUGAGGUGCUCACGGACACGCGCGGCCUCUACCGCAAGAUCGUCACACCCUUUCUGAGCCGCCGCGACAGCUCGGAGAAACAGGAGCAGCCGCCGCCCAGCUACAAGCCGCUCUUCCUGGACCGGGGCUACACGUCAGCGCUGCACCUGCCCAGCGCUCCGCGGCCAGCGGCCCCCUGCCCUGCGCUCUGUCUGCAGGCGGACCGUGGCCGCCGGGUCUUCCCCAGCUGGACCGACUCGGAACUCAGCAGCCGCGAGCCGCUGGAGCACGGAGCUUGGCGCCUGCCGGUCUCCAUCCCCUUGUUCGGGAGGACUACAGCCGUAUAGAGGGGCGUCCGGCGUUCCGGGCCUCACCCGCGAACUCGUGGCCUGACUGCGGGGCUUUUUAAACGCUUCCCUUGGACUGCGGGGAGGGGUGGGGAGGGAGGGAUUUCUUACCCC